UGUCAAUCAUGCAUAGGGAAAGGAGCGACAACAAAUGUACAAAAACGAAGUCGCUUGUCAGAUAACAAGCGACCAAAACUUUUAAAACAAGCCCAAAAAACCGCCACCCGUGAUUACUUCAAGCGACUUCAAAAGAAAACAAGCCCAAAGUUUCGUAUUAUAAGCGGACUUGCCCAACUAGAGAAGGGAGCCACAGCAAACCAGCCCCAUCAGCAACACGCAUGCACCGUAACCAUAGAAACAGACCGUACUGCGCCGUAAACUAGCUGGUUAGCUUGCCGAUUAGCUAGAUAUUUUUUGAUUGUAAAUCUGUUAUAAAUGCCAAACAUUAUGCCUGUAAAAGCAGAAGAAGUCGCUGCAUCGCUUGUGCGAGAAUUUCUCAGUCGGAAGGGACUCAAGCGAACGAUUGCUUGCAUGGAUGAAGAACAUCCCCGUACUGAUGCAAGCAUUAACAAUAGAUCUGACCUGCGACAUAUUCUUCACCUUGACAGUUUAUAUAAGAAAAACAAGGCUCAAGACUGUCCCUUAAAAUCAAUGCUGGAGAUCAUUGUAAGACAUCAUAUUGAAGGAGAUAAUGACAGAACGGGUUUCAACAGUAAUGUCAUCCAGACCAGAUCCACAACAGAAAAGUCUCCAACAUUGACACAAAGAGUUUAUGACAGCCCUCGGUCAGAAGAGAACACUACAGGAUUUUUUUUCAACAAAACCAAUGUGUCAAGGUCCAUUACAGAGGUGGUCUGCCCAUCUCAUGGUACGUUUUCAUCAUUUGAAUCAUCAGACACUCCCCCAACCACUACCCCAAGACAAAUCUGGAGCCAAAGCCUUUCCACAGAGAACCUGCAGGAAAGACAACAUGUAACUUCAUUCUUAGACAAUGACAGAUCUGCUAAGAGUGACUCCUUUUCCGACAAGAACAGGACAAGCCGCCUCCGAAGAGGAAUGAUGGCAGGUCCUAUAGCUAGUUCCGCCCAGGUACAGGAAUCGAAGAGAAAACAUCAGACUAGACGAAUGGCAGGGGCCAAUUCUCUACUGUCAAAUUAUGAAGACAACAGAAAUACCAGAGAUGGACCUCCAUUGGUUGUCCAGUCACACAGCAUCGUUCCAGGCCUGAAAGGUCUCUCUGCUGCCGACCCCCUGAGGGCAAGCCAACUGCCCAAUGGCACACUAGAGAAAGGAAUAGAAGUAGGAAAAGAGAAAUCCAGGAUCAGCAGAACAAAGUCAAUGGCCAUUCAAAAUGUCGACGUGCAUAUGUCGGAGAUGAUUUUGGAUGACAUUGAUGAUGACGAUGAAUUUCGUAAGCUGUCCAGAGUGUCCUUCCACUCCUCUAGCUUCCCUCAGCCCAGUUCAGAGGGUGAACCCAUGGACCAGCACACUGCCAGUGCCCUGAAAGAGCUGAUCCUUGGCUCUAGAAGUAGUUGUUUCAACGCAGAGUGGAGGAGUCAGAGUUUCACCUUCUCAGAUAUACCGGAUCUUAGUUAUGGGAUUGUACAGAAGAAGGGUGGUCCUUGUGGAGUUUUGGCUUCGGUGCAGGCCUGUGUUUUGCAGAAACUCUUAUUUGAGGGGACUGGUGCUGAUUCAGGGUUUAUGAGAUUAAGACCCUCUGGUGCUGCAAGAACAAAGUGCCUGGUGUUGGCCACUGCGGAACUCCUUUGGCGGGCAGGGGAGGGGAGAACGGCUACUAUUGCCAUAACAUCAGGAAGAAAUCACUUCACCCCGACAGGACAUGGUCGAUCCGAUGGAAUUCUAGAAAAGAUCAUACGUAUUCAUGUUGAUAAUCUGAAGGACCUUCAGUUGCUUGUGGAGCAGCACAUACAACAGUUUGAGUCCGGAUCUCUAGGAUGUUUAUUGCUCACCAUCUCCGUUAUUCUCUCCAGAUCUAUCGGCUUGGUUAAAGGUGAUAUGGACGUCCCCACCACUGCGCUUAUCGGAGCCCAUGGCUACUGUACUCAGGAGUUGGUUAAUUUAUUGCUGUGUGGACGGGCUGUUUCAAAUGUCUUCAAUGACAAUAUGGAGCUGGAUUCAGGCGAUGGAAACCUGACCCUUCUCAAGGGGAUAAGCAGUCGCUGUGACAUUGGACUGCUGUCCUUAUUUGAACAUUAUAAUAUCUGCAAGGUUGGCUCCUACCUGAAGACUCCCAAGUUCCCGAUCUGGGUGGUGUGCAGCGAGAGCCACUUCAGCGUGCUCUUUGGUCUGCGGAAGGAACUGCUGAGUGACUGUUGGGAGGUCCGGGAGUUUGACCUGUACUACUACGACGGCCUGACCAAUCAGCAGGAGGAGAUCUGCCUCACCCUCUCCGUUCCAGGUGCCUCGGGUAGAACCGAUGCUGACACGGACCUCGUUCCCCCUCUGGAACACUGCAUACGGACCAGAUGGAAAGAUGCCAUUGUCAGUUGGAAUGACACUGAGCCCAUUCUUUGAUUGGCUAGUGGUUCGAAGGUGAGGACUAGUUGGGACAAGGCCUAUUCCUUACCUGGUGACACAAACCGCUGUGUUGGCACAGCUUAAAAAGAUGUGCUUCCAGAUAAAUACCUGGAUAUUAUUUCUGUUAUCAACAACCAAACGGACAUGAUUGUGGGGCAGCAAAUAGCCGAGUGGUUAGAGCAUCUGACCAGUAACCAAGAGGUUGCUAGAUCAAAUCCCCUCGCUCGACAGGAAAUCUGUUUGGUCCCUGAGAAAGCCAGUGAACCCUAACUGGACCCAGGUAUUUGCUGUAAAUGAGAAUGUGAUGCAGGACAUUUUAUACCCAGACGUGUUAUAAUGAGAAUGGGAUGCAGGACAUGUUAUACCCAGACAUGGUUUUUACAAGGAUGUGUCCGGAAUCGGUGCCUUGAUUGACAUUGGUUAUAAUGUAUUACAAUAGCAUUAUUAUAUGUUUCUAUCAAUAUUCUUCUAAAUAACAUUUAUACAUACCUAACCAUUUGAUUAUUUGUGGGAUGGACAUGCUGUGUGUAUUUUAUAUGGUUCGUUUUUCUCUUUUAUUAAGAAAAUGCUGUCAAUUAAGAUGUUUUAUUUGGUUUUCUGUUAACUGCAAAUAGGUAUGCAAUACCUUCAUCGUCCUCUUGCGGCCACUGUUGAGUUGUAAAUGGCUUUUGAACACUCAACAUUGCUCCUUGGUUCCAUUGACAAAUUAUAUUGAUGUUUUAUUUUCCUUAAAAUAAAUCAGUGGAUUGUGUUACAAAUAUAAUACAUCUAUGUCUUUAAUUUACAGCAUUGUAAAAAAUAAUGUUACUGAGACAUUCAGCAAUAUUUAUGAAGGUAUUUCUUAUUCCAGAAGAAUUCAAAAAGGUGGAGCCUGGCUUCAGUCCAUUUGGCUUUAGGGGAAAUUGAUCACAGUUUCCCCUAUCAUCUGUUUGCAAUGCAUUUUAAUUGAUCAUGGUUUCCCCUAUCAUCUGUUUGCAAUGCAUUUUAAUUGAUCAUGGUUUCCCCUAUCAUCUGUUUGCAAUGCAUUUGAAGUUUGAGUGAUUGCAGUAAUGUCUCUGCCUACCCCAUGUUAUGGUGAAUGACUGCUUUAACAUUGGCCUCUAGCCGGAGCAAAACCUUGAUCUUAUACUUUGAACUUUAAGAUAUUUCUCAACGCAUGGUCAAACCCACAUCACACAAAUUGCUAACAUAUGUCAGGUAUUUGCAAAUGGGAGAGUGGUGAUGUUUUUCUGAACAUACAAUUUCCUUUUUCAAAAUCCUUCAAAUGCAUUUCAUUUAAGGCAGAUUAUGGAUGCUAAUGAUUAAUUGCAGUUGGUAUUUUAUAUUUCAAUGUUUCCAUUGCUAUUUGUAAUAGGAAAAUUAAUUUUUACAUUUGUUAGUUUGUCUUCUUUAAAGGUCCAAAUAUGUCCAAAUAACACUCUGAAAUUGUAAAAUGAUAGUCCCUGUUUUUGUGUAAAUCCUGGAAUUUCUGAUCUAAUUAUAAUAGGCCAAUGAAUUUUCAUGUACUUAUGGGGGUGGGCUCUAGACAGUCCAAUCAGCCAAUUAGGGCUGUCUGUAAGUAUCUUAAUCUGUUUACUGAUGCCAAAGGAGGGAAUAAAUUAUUUCAAAUCUGCUUAGUAAAUUACUGUAAUUAAAUAAACAUCAGAUGAUUUUAUUAGACAUACAGUGACUUAAAUAAAAUGACGACGGCAGCAUGGGGUCUUUCAAUAUACGUAUCA